AUGCUAGCACCGUCAAGAUGGUUGCAGAGGUUAGCUUAUACUUCACGAUGCAUCUUGCAUUCACGACAAGCGCAUCGGGCGCUGGCGACGGUUGUCAAGUCGCCACUGCCACCCGUGGUCCGUGAUGAAGCGAUCCGACUACGAGAGUAUCAAGAGGAAUGCAUUCAAUCGGUGCUAUCUUACCUGAAGAAGGGCCAUAAGCGCCUAGGUAUCUCGCUGGCCACUGGUAGUGGCAAGACGGUUAUAUUCACGCAACUAAUCGAUCGAGUCGAGCCACCCACCAAGCAUGCCCAGCAGACUCUGAUCCUUGCUCACCGGCGAGAGCUGGUGGAGCAAGCCGCGCGACACUGCGAGCGAGCAUAUCCAGACAAGAGCAUCGACAUUGAGAUGGGAGAUAUACACGCUUCUGGGGCAGCGGACAUUACAGUCGCCUCCGUCCGCAGUCUGGUCUCAGGUGACCGGCUGACCAAAUACAACCCGGAUCGCUUCAAGCUGGUCCUUGUGGAUGAAGCCCAUCACAUCGUGGCACCGGGCUAUCUGCGGAUUCUCGAACACUUUGGCCAGGAAGAAAGACGGGACACUGGCCCGGCAUUGGUUGGUGUCUCGGCGACCUUCUCUCGCUUUGACGGCCUAAGACUCGGCGCGGCUAUUGACCAUAUUGUCUAUCACAAAGACUACGUCGACAUGAUCGGUGAGAAGUGGCUCUCGGAUGUCAUAUUUACCACUGUCAAGUCGAAAGCAGAUCUAUCCAAAGUCCGAGUUGGGAACGAAGGAGAUUUUCGGACAGGCCAAUUGUCCAAGGCCGUGAAUACGGAGAUCACCAAUGAUAUCACAGUCAAGGCAUGGCAAGAAGAAGCUGGCUAUCGGAAAUCGACACUGGUGUUCUGUGUCGACAUCAACCAUGUGACCAGCUUGACGUCCACGUUCCGCAGACAUGGCAUCGACGCACAGUACAUCACCGGCGCGACGAAGAAGCGGAUACGAGGCGAGCGCCUUGAAGCUUUCAAGAACCGCGAGUUUCCUGUCUUGCUGAAUUGUGGCGUGUUCACUGAGGGCACCGACAUGCCCAACAUUGACUGUGUGCUGCUGGCUCGCCCGACCAAGUCGCGGAAUCUCCUUGUACAAAUGAUCGGCCGUGGUAUGCGUCUACACCCGGGCAAGAAGGACUGUCAUGUCAUCGACAUGGUGGCUUCGCUAGAGACGGGGAUCGUCACGGUUCCCACUCUCUUCGGCCUAGAUCCAUCAGAAGUGGUCAAAGCCGCAAAAGUGAACGACCUGAAAGAACUCAAGGACAGAACGCUGGAGGAGGCGGCGCUCUCUUCCGAACCAGCGAGCGGGCCUCCAUUGCAUAAUGCAACAUCUAGCGACCAUCAACUCGACUUUACGCGCUAUGACUCCGUGCACGAUCUUCUCGAGGAUACCUCCGGCGAACGGCACGUCCGUGCAAUCUCUCCAAAUGCUUGGGUACAGAUCGAUUCUUGCAAGUAUGUCCUGGCGGCAAAAGGCGGCAUAUUAACGCUGGAACGCCGGCUUCCCACCACGUCCUCUGCCUCCAACAGUGCAACACCCUCACCAGAAUCUGACUCGGCUACCUUUGUCGUCAUAUGGAAACACACCCUCCACGCGGUUGAGAAGUCCAAGUCUCCGUGGUCUCGUCCUCGCACAGUCGCCUCCGCGUCGACCCUGUCCGACGCUUUGCAUGCAGCGGACACAUUUGCCGCCAGCAAGUUCGAGCGCAUCUUCAUGGCCACUUCGUCUUCAUGGCGCAAGUCUCCGGCAUCGCAGGGACAGCUUGAUUUUCUCAAUCGACUGCGUGAAGUCUCCGAGGAGGAGCCGCUUACGGAAUGGGAUAUCACGAAAGGACAGGCAGGCGAUAUGAUUACCAAGGUGAAGUUCGGCGCACGAGGCCGUUUUGACAAGUUGAUGCGCAAGAAGCGAGGUGUUGAGAAAGAGGUCGAGAAGAUGGAGAAGGUCAAGGAAAUGCGGCGACGCGAGACAGUCAAGGUAGGUCCUGUACAGCUCUAG